UGAGAGUGAGUGCUGGGAAGUUCGGCCCUGUUACGUUACAAACUUGGAAAAACUAAGCACACUGUGUGGAUUAAGGGAAGAAAACCAUUGGAAUAUAAGACGGAAAGUUUGGAAUAUUUCAGAAUACACUGAAGCGACAAACUUUACAAAAAUAGCCACCAUUCCUUCAUCGUACAGAAAGCUUUACAUGGAAAGCUCAGGGCAAAGGGUUGUGAGGCCGGCGUGUUGAGCAGAACGCACACACACUCACACACACACACUCUCCCAGAGCAUGCCUAUCAGUCCACCUGCCGACGGCAAACAUGAGGCUCUCGACCGGCCAUGGCAACAGCACGCCCCUACCAAUGGUAACCACGGAGAUGACAGCAUUCAGGCUUUUCCAGGCACUAAAUCUACCUCCGAACCUAUGGAGGAUCUCCACGGAAACGCAGUUGUCAUCCGCAUCGGAAUCCCUGAUCUGCAGCAAACGAAAUGCCUGCAGUUGGACCUGGAAGCUCCAGUGUGGGUUUGUAAGCAGAGAGUUCUGGUCACUUUGACACAGAGCCUGACCGAUGUGCUUAACUACGGCCUCUACCUCCCUGCCUUUAACGGGCGUGCCGGAAAGUUCCUCGAUGAGGAGAGAUUGCUCAGGGAGUACCCUCUCCCUACUAUCACACCUGUACCAUACCUAGAGUUCCGUUACAAGAGGCGUGUUUACACUCAGAGCUAUGUAGAUGACAAGCAACUGGCCAAACUACAUACCAAGGCCAAUUUAAAGAAGUUUAUGGAGUAUGUUCAACAGAGGAGUGUGGAGAAGGUCUGCAGGUUCUUGGAAAAAGGGCUGGACCCCAACUUUCACGAUAGUGACAGUGGAGAAUCUCCACUCACUCUCGUGGCCCAGCUGGAUUCGUGUGGUGAUCUGAUCAAGGUGUUGAGGAGUGGAGGGGCCCAUCUGGACUUCAGAACCAGAGAUGGACUGACAGCACUGCACAAAGCAGCCCAAACGCACAACCAUGUAGCACUGACUACAUUAUUGGAUCUCGGGGCCGCUCCAGACUAUAAGGACAGUCGUGGGCUCACUCCACUCUAUCACAGUGCCAUGGUCGGAGGAGAUCCAUACUGCUGCGAGCUGCUUUUGUACGAUCAUGCCCAACUGGGCUACAGCGAUGAGAACGGCUGGCAGGAGAUCCAUCAGGCUUGUCGCCAUGGAAACGUGCAGCACCUAGAGCACCUGUUGUUCUAUGGAGCGGAGAUGAGUGCUCAGAAUGCCUCAGGAAACACAGCACUACACCUGUGUGCCCUCUACAAUCAGGAAGGCUGUGCUAGAGUUCUCCUGUUUCGAGGAGCAAAUAAAGAAAUCAAGAACUACAACAACCAAACAGCAUUUCAGGUUGCUAUCAUCGCAGGGAACUUUGACCUGGCUGAAAUCAUCAAGAUCCAUAAAACCUCAGACGUUGUGCCUUUCAGGGAGACCCCCUCAUACUCGUCUCGCCGGCGUGCAGUCUGUGCAUCCCCUCUUCGCUCUCUGAUGCGAUCGGCCAGUGAUAACGCUCUGGAUGAGAAUUUGCCAGCACCCUCUCCUGCCCCCUCCCUUCGCAGCCUGCCCCCCCUCGAGCCCGACGACAACACACCCACCCAGCGCAGCCCCCAGUCUUCUCACACACACACACGGAGCCUCAGGAGACAAACCCGCGGCCAUCUCAGCCCUGGCAGUCCUGUUCAAAGAGAGCCCAGUCCUCCUGCUGUGUCACGGGGGCCAAAGCGGCGGCUGUACAGCGCGGUGCCCGGCCGAACCUUCAUCGCCAUCAGCUCCCACACGCCACAAGGCGAGGGGGAGAUCACGCUGAACCGCGGAGAGAGGGUCAAAGUGCUGAGCAUCGGUGAGGGAGGAUUCUGGGAAGGUUCAGUUAAAGGACGAACUGGCUGGUUUCCUGCUCACUGUGUAGAGGAGGUCCAGAUGAGGCAGUAUGACCCACGACUCGAGACAAGAGAGGAUCGCACUAAGAGACUUUUCAGGCACUACACUGUCGGCUCCUAUGACAACUAUACCUCUUACAGUGAUUAUGUUAUAGAAGAAAAAAGUGCAACUUUGCAGAAAAGAGACAGCGAAGGAUUUGGCUUCGUGCUUCGGGGAGCUAAAGCUGAGACACCCAUAGAAGAGUUCACACCUACUCCUGCGUUUCCUGCUCUGCAAUACCUGGAGUCAGUGGAUCUGGAGGGAGUGGCAUGGAGGGCAGGAUUAAGGACAGGAGAUUUCCUCAUAGAGGUAAAUGGGGUGAGUGUUGUAAAGGUGGGACACAGGCAGGUGGUGUCUCUGAUUCGGCAGGGUGGGAGUCGGCUCGUAAUGAAGGUGGUGUCCGUCACGCGUAAACCUGAGACGGGAGAUGUUGUCCGCAAGAAAGCCCCCCCACCUCCCAAGAGGGACCCAAGCACCAGCCUGACCCUGCGUUCCAAAAGCAUGACCGCAGAACUAGAGGAGCUGGCGUCAAGGAGAAGGAGGGGAGAGAAGUUGGAUGAGAUGCUGAGUUCACCAAAAGAACCUGCUGUAGUGAUGAGGCCACGCCCCCCAGAUGACCCGAGAGCAGCCACUGUGAAGCAGAGACCAACGAGUCGCCGCAUCACACAGGCUGAGAUCAAUUCUUUGUUAGAGAGGCAGGGUUUGCCAGUAAGUGCUGGAGUGUCUUUAGCUGUGGACAAAAGUCACAUGCAGCUUCCUCGGGGAAUGUCAAGAACAAAGUCAUUUGGUGCACCAGAGGAUGACAGAAUCUCUGCCCUGAUUGGAGAGCAUCGUUUUCCUAGAAGCUCUUCAAUGACCGACAGCUUCAGACAAGAUAGUAUUCCACCGCCUCCACAGACAGCUCCUCCACCACCUCCAACUCCCUAUUUCCUUGAUUCAGGGCCACCUCCUUCUUUCCUCCCGCCCCCACCCCCCUCUCGCGCUGCCAAUCAGAGCCGUUCAAGCUUCCGCCCGGGGGCGGAGCCCAAGCUCCACGGCCCGGUCACGACAGACCGCCAGCGGAAAACACGCUCCAUGAUCAUUCUUCAGGACACUGCCCAUUUGCCAGUGGAGCCGGCCCCUAUUGUAAGGCCGCAAACGCCUACCUCUGGAGCUGCUGCUCCUGAACGCGGUCGUAGGCGUGGCCCACCUGUCGAGAAUCCGUAUGCUAACGUGGGUCGCCUAAGUGCCAUCUAUACUCCUACCAAGCCUCAGCGCAGGAAAAGUCCACUAGUCAAGCAAGGGCAAGUUGAAGAGGGUUCUACUGCUCAGUCUAGCAGAGACCCCUCUCCAUUGGGCGGGUCGCGUAUUCCACACAGCAGCCGAGCAGAGCAGUUCCAACAGCAGGUUCUUUCAGAGCGAGCCAGGAUCAUACCCCCUGGGGCCCGUCGAAGACCUAGUGUUUUCUUGUCUGUAGAAGGGGGUGCAACAGAGCCUCAAACCACCCCCUUACUGUCACAGUCCCACUCUGUGGAUGAGUUGGCUGAGUUGCCUCCACCGGCUCCAAUGCUGUCACCUGGCCCGCCACCAGGGGGCACCACUUUUAUACACCCUCUAACAGGUCGACCACUAGAUCCUUCAUCACCACUAGCGCUUGCAUUGGCAGCACGAGAACGAGCUCUUAGUGGUCGGAAUACACCCACUCCCACGCCCACGCCCUCACCAACACCUUCUCCCACUCAAGGCCGAGUGGUAGAGAGGCCCGAGACAGAGGGAGGUGCCACCCCACCUGCUCCUCUUGAGGCACGUCCUACUAAUUCAUGGAGAGAGGAACCUGUAAGCAUCAUAGAACCAGCUAGCCAAGUGACUAGUGGUAGCCCUGGGUCUGGACGAAGCCUGGAGGAAGCACUUAGUGUGCCACCCAGUGUGCAAACUGCAAUAAUGGAUACAGAGCGUACUCAACCGGCAGUACCGCCCACUCUGCCCUCCCCUGCCCCCACCCUCUCAAAUCUGACUGCUCGAAGUCUGACUAUGAGCUCAGAGGAAGAGGCGGAGCCAUACACGGUUACCCUGCCCCCUGCAUUGCUCUCGUCAAGCGAUGAGGAAACAAGGGAGGAGCUUCGGAAGAUAGGACUUGUGCCACCCCCUCAACCCUUUGCCAAUGGCCUUCUAAUUAAAGAAACACCCAAAGCCACCCUAAGCAUUUCACAUAGUGGAUCACGGCCAGCCAUCGCCAAGACCUCCUCUGGAAAAGCAAGUGAUUCAACGGCAGACUCUGGGGUCGAAGACCCCCACAUGGAGACCACCAGUACUGUUUCCACAGUCUCCAGCAUGUCUACUUUGUCUUCAGAGAGCACAGACUCCACGCAUGCAAGCAAACCACGUUGUGGGGUGGGGCGUGGUCGCCCCGUCCAUCUCAGGGACCCACUGCUUAAACAGUCAUCAGACAGUGAGCUGCUUCCACACCCACCCAGCACAGGCCCUAACCGCCCACGCUACCUAUUCCAAAGACGCUCCAAACUCUGGGGAGAGGAACCCCGGACACAGGCGGGCGGGGCAAAUGAAAGUCGGCCUGCUCCUAUGGGGGUGGAGUUACUAAGCAAAGACACUCAUUCAUUGGGGGAAGAACCACCAAUGGGAGCACCACUUGACCCUGGCAGGAGGUCACCUGUGGGAGGGGCCAGAUGUGAGGAGAAUGGAGAAGAGAGUAAAUCACUCUUUAGUAGUUUAGGAGAGCUUCACACCAUCUCUCAGAGGAGUUAUGGCACCACCUUCACAAUCCGGCCUGGUAGCCGAUACCCAGUGACCCGUAGGACUCCAAGCCCUGGAGCCACCCCAGAACGGAGUGAACCGCUGGGCCCUGUCCGCACUUUCAGCCCCCAUCACCACCAUCACACCAUCCUCAAGUCCUCCAGCCUAAGCUUGCCCCAGGAGCCAAAGGAGGUGCGUUUUGUCAUGAGGAGUGCCAGUGCUCGAGCCCGCAGCCGCUCUCCAUCCCCCUCCCCAUGCGCGUCCCCAUGCCCCUCACCCGUUCUCGGAGCCCCUCUCCUGGCCCUGCGUCCAUUCAGACAGCGCCCCCUAGCUCUGUGGAGUAAGUAUGACGUGGGAGAGUGGCUCGAGAGUGUGGGACUAGGGGAGCAUCGUGCACGCUUUUUGGAGCAUGAGAUUGAAGGCGCCCACCUGUCUGCCCUUACCAAGGAUGAUCUGGCAGAGUUAGGAGUGACACGGGUGGGACACCGAAUGAACAUUGAACGAGCGCUAAAGCAGCUGCUUGACAGUUGAGGAGAGCAGAAAUGGAGGAAAUAGUUCAAAACGUCAUCACAAAUCCUUAAACAAAUUACUUUCAUUUUAAAUCCAAUUAUCCCUUUCUUAUACUACAGUGUCCAGUACACACACCUGUGUGAAAACCUAACACACUAAACUCCAAGCCAUAAUUUUUAACCAUACAUUUACUAUAGAACAUACCAGUGGGGUCAAUAGUCCACAGUGAUAAUCUAAUUUAAACCUGGAAAUAAAGUUUUAAGGGUUAUUCCAUGUCAAAUCAACCACAUUUAAAAAAUUAGAAAAUUAAAAGACUGUAAUUUUAGGUGAAAAUAACCAUUAAUGAUGAUGAAAGACUAAAUAUUUAUUGCCAAGUAAUCCAGUAUUUUGGAGAGGGGAUAAAAAUUUAAAAUUUUGCCUAUGAUUUUGGAGCAAAACUACAGGUCAAAAUCAUAACCUUAGAAAGAUGGCAGCAACAUUAUUAUUAUUUUAAUUUUUUUUUAACAGAGAUAGGUAGGUCUAUUACUAAAAUCAGUUGACUUCAGCACCCAUUGCUGCAUUAUAUGCAAAUGGUGGGAGUCCAAAAGUUGUAAAAAGCACUUUUUUGUUGUUGUUUUUCCCAAGUUGGAGUGCCUAUAACUCCAGAAGGAUUAAAUAUAUCUUAAUAUCCUUUUAGAUUCUGGUUCAGAACAAACUUUUAUUUUUGUAUCAUCAUUUCUUUAUUGGGAAAUCCCAGAGAAAUGUGGCUCCAUUAAAAAAUCAUUACAUUUGACCCAUUUUCAAUGGUUAAAACCAUGAAGCUAGUUUUUCUUGUCCAACAAAACAAAGGUCUGAAGUACAAAUUAACUAGAAAUGUACUUUCAUUUAUUCACAUAAAAAAAAUCAUGUAUAAUCAAAAAUCUUGAGGCUAUAUUCACACAUAUAUUUUGAAAAUGGCAUUUUAAUUUUCCACACUGCCAUUUUCAACCAAAAUUUGCUAGUCAAUACUGAAAUGUAUAAAAACUCUUAAAUCCCAACUCUUAAAACACAAUUGUCCUCUUGUUCUGUCGCAGGACAGCAAUACUGAGUAAGCUUCCCGUUGCCUUUGAAGGAAUGCAAUGUGAAGGUUGUACAAAGUAAUAUUUAUCUUUAACAACGCUAUCAAAGUUAAUAGCAGAUACAACAACUUAACUACAACAUGGGCCGCCAUCUUGAUUGUUUUGGGUUGAAUCAGGGGCAUAGCCAUCAUUUUAAAGUUGGGGGGGACACAGCUGUCAGUAAGUGUCUCACACAGGCCCAACACUUAUGGUGCGUUCCAUUUGUACUUGGAAGUCGGAAAUUCCGAGUUCCCAGUAGAAACUUUGAACUGGAACGCCCCCUCAAGUCAGAGUUCCGUCUUGGAAACUCGGAGGAGCCGCAACAGCCUUGACUUCAGAAUCCAAAACGGCUUCUCACAGCAACAACAGUAAGUGAAACAGUAGUAAUAUAUUGCUUAUUAGCACUUCUGUAUGUCUGUGUCUCAAUAAACUCAGUGGUGCACACAGUACUAUCCAACCACUAUCUGUGGACAUGAUAAUUAGGCAUUAUCUGUGCAAAAUACCACUAUUUUAUGUGUUUUUAUCGACUGGUAUUGCUAACAAUGGAUACUUCCCCCACACCGUCCAUCUUGGUUUUCUGACUUGUGUACUGGAAAGCGGUCAACUUGGGUGUGACGUCAUUCCCAGCUCCGACAUCUGACUUCCGAGGUAAAUGGAACGCACUAUUACAGUGUAUAUUAAUAUAUAGGUAUGAUAUAAGUAAUAUAGUAAUAUAUACAUAUUAUUACAUUUUUAUAUUUGUAGCAUUUUAAAGAUUCAAGUAUUGCAAAAUAAUUGCACAAUAGCAUAAUAUAAAAAGAAUAACUUAAUGAAGACACGGGUGCUGACAUACAUAAACUCCACUUACAAUGUGUGCUUAAGAGAAUAGUUUUUUCUGCAGUACAUUUCACGUUAUGUUGUCAAUCAAGAACGAUACGCCGAUAAAUAAGUCUCAUGUGUGUUCCUCAUCUCUAGAUUAUUAAUUAAGAUCAACAUCAAUGCCGAUUACAAACAUGGAUAAAUGAUCAUUGUUGAAAGCAACUUUAAUGAAUGGAGCCACAUUGAUCAGACUGUCUAACUGACGGCCUAUAACGUAAGGGAUGUUUCGGCUCAUGAAGCACAUAUGUGAUUGGCUGCAUGGUCACUCAAUCAGCCCAAAGUAACAAAACACAAAGAAUAAUGUAUACAAAUCCACCAUUUGGACUCGGUAUGGGUUUAGCUUGGAAAAGUGCCAGGGGGGUGGUCACAUUUUUAAAGAGUAUGGGGUACAUGUUCCCCAGAUCCCCCGUGGCUGCUAUGUCCUUGGGUUGAAUGGAUCACAUGACUGCAUCACAUGACAACAAAUACGUCAACGCUUUCAGAUAUCUCCAUUUUCCCUGUCCACACUACGACAUGAAGAUGGCAUUUUCAAAUGUAUCCACUUGAGAGAACGUUUUCGAAAAGUUAAGUUGUCACUGUCAAAAACACUGUCUCAGUGUGAACAGAAGGCCAAAUCGUCAAGAAAAAGAUUAGCUUUCAAACUAACAUUUAUUUGUGUGGACUUGGCCUGAGAUUAUUACACAUACAUGACUUCAGCAAUAGCUAGUUUUUGGAUUUCAGAAAUGUACAUCUACAAAGCUCUGGAAGGCAUCAUUAAGGGUCCAAACACCAUCAAGAUUGUGUCAGAAAAUGUAAAUCAUAGAGAUUACAAACUUGGUGGAAUGUCCCAAAAUUGUUUUGCAGUCAAGAAUCAAAGGUGGAUGAUUAUGGUCCAAAACCCCAAAACAUAUUCAAUCAAAUCUUUUAAAUGAUCAAAUUAAUCCAAAUUCUUUUGAUAACUUUUUGUAGAGGGAAUGGGAAGCUGUGGACCACUGGUUGAGCUGACACGGAAUGACCCUUAAGAUAAAAACUAGAUUUUCAAUUUUAAAACUAGACAAGUGCAAAAUAAAAGCAAUUUUUACAAGUUCACUCAGACAUUUGAACACCACUAAAGAUGUUAUCCAUGCACCCCUGAUUUAACUUUCACAAAAUUAUACCUCCAUAUCACAAUACUGAGUUUUCCGCCUACUUAAUACAAAAAUAAAAAAAUUGCAAAUUAUUUGCUGGACAGGAUCAUGGACAUACUGCGCAAUAUCUACUAUUUACAACUACAGGUCUUAAGAGAAUCAAAUUAAAUGGCCAUGUUUUUAAUGAGUUUCCUGCACAAUAACAAAUGAAAUAGCCAUUUUCUUUAUGUGCCAUGUUUUACAUUGAAAUUAUGACAAUGAAUGUGUGGAAAACACUACAGACUGCUCUCAUAUUAUCAGAGGAAGUGUAAGAAUAUCAUCACCAUCUGGAUUCACAUGGAUUUCUUUUUUCCAGGAGAAAGACUGUCAGUAUCCACUUGGGAGCAAAAGGAAAGGAAGAGAUUGGAAACCUCUCUUGAAUAAACAAUGACAAUGCUUCCAAGUGCCCGGAAUUUAUAGUAUGUUCAUCAACCAUCUUGCAGCUCAAAAGUAAAAAGCCAUGUUUAUGGUGAUUGUAAGAUGUAUUGCUGCAGCUGGACUUGGCAUGUAAUUGCAACAUGUCCCAAGUAAGAAAGGAUCUGACAAUCUGCCCUAAACCAGGAGAAAGAACUUCUCCAAAUACAAUACAAGUGUGGCCUUGAGGUAAUACUGCCGCCAUCUAAAAUUUGUUAAAGAUAGAUAUUUUCUGUCACUACAUUCAGUUUUAUAUGUAUAUGAUAUAUAUGGAGUUAUAUAUUCAGAGGAGAAUGUAUGAGAAUAGGGUGAGAUACUUAUCUUGUGCCCUGUGAGAUUGUGUCAUAUUUGGUCUUACUUUAUUUGUUAUUUUAUUUGUCAUUUAUCAAACCAAUACCCUAACAUGAACACAGCUACUCUUUCCACCAUAAUAUAACUUGUAAUUUGUGAGUUAUAAACACUUAAUCUUUGGAAUAGUUGAAAUGUUUUUUCAUGGUUUAAACAUUUCAAAACUGCAAAAAGACCUUUGACUUUUGUCUAUUAUGAAUAAAUGAUUGGUAAGACUGUAUGUAGAUUAACUGUUUUGUUGAAACAGGAUUUGAAAUGCUUUGGGUUGUAGGUAUACACAUUUAUGUUACCUUUUGUAUUUGAUUAUUCAGCAUCAGCCAUUCAUUUCAUGAUGAUCAAUCAGUGAAUUUAUGAAGACAUAUGUUUCUCUGACACAAUCUGUUUGGCUUUGUACUGUGCAAUUACUCAUUUGGAAUUCUUUAAAACAAUAUGAGCAAAAUAUAUAUGCUACAUAAGGGCUUUUAACAAAAGAUCAUUUUUUUAACAAAUUAAAAAUCUGUUUCAAUGUGUUUCAAAGUGGUUAAGAGGCAAAAUUGCCUUAUCUUCAGCUGUUAAAGUGAUAGUUCACCCAAAAAUUAUUCUCUCAUCAAUUAAUCAUCCUUAUGCCAUCCCGGAUGUGGAUAACUUACUUUCUUCAGAAGAACACAAAUUUCUCAGCUC